AUGGUUUCCACGCCGCUUUUAGGGCCUUUCAAAGUCGCUGUGCUCGGAGAUGCAGGAGUCGGAAAAAGAAGCCUUAUCUCCCAGAAGAGAGAAGGCAAAUUCAACCUUGAAUAUAUGCCGACGAUCGGCUAUGAAAUCUGUCCACUUCCAUGGACUACGAACCAUGGCACUAUAAUCCUGGAUCUGUGUGAUAUCUCCGGGAGCUACUGCGACAUCGGAAUGCGGACCGACUGUCUACGAGAUGCCCACGCUGCAGUCAUUGUGGUCGAUCGAUCGGAGCAACAAACCGUCGAUAACGCCCUUUACUGGUAUCGUGAAUUCGUUUCGGUCACCGGGCCUGAUACCCCAUUCCUGGUGUGUUCGACUAAGCGUUGUCUGGCCCAGUAUGCUUCCGAUGCCCACCCGGACGUGAUAGACUGGCCGGCGGAAAUGGGCAACGUGACAUAUUUUCACAUCUCCUCCGAUGAAGAGGGCAUGGAGUUCCCAUUAGACGAUAGACCAUUUUCUAAUCUAUUUACUGCACUAACGAAUCUUCCCGACAUCGUCCUUGCUACCGUCUGUGGCAUUCCUUACCAAGUUCCCGAGCUGCUCGAAAAGUAUCGGCGAGAGAUGGAGGAAGCCGCGAGUAGGCCUAUUCCGGAUCCGAGCGAUGACGAGAACCUGUGA